AUGGCCCACGACCCCCGUCUCCCGUCCAGUGCAGGCACUGCGACGCCCCCUCCACCACCGCCCCCUCCCCCGGAGGAAAACCCCCAACAAGAGGAAUCCACCUCGGACGACACCACCAAGCCCUCCCAAUCCUCCGACUCCUACAAGCUCCGCUUCUGCACAGUCUGCGCCUCCAACCAGAACCGGUCAAUGGAGGCGCACCUGCGCCUGUCGUCGGCGCCGUCCCCCUUCCCCGUGAUCUCGUUCGGCACGGGGUCGCUCGUGCGCCUGCCCGGGCCCUCGAUCACCCAGCCCAACGUCUACAACUUCAACACCACCUCCUACGCGCAGAUGUACGACGAGCUGCUCGCCAAGGACGAGCGUCUGUACCGCCACAACGGCCUGCUGAACAUGCUGGAGCGCAACCGCAACCUGAAAUGGGGGCCCGAGCGCUUCCAGGACUGGGUCCCCGGCAUGCCGCGCGUCGACCACGUCUCCAAGGGCGACAAGGGCGCCCUGGGCACUGAGGGCGGCGUCGUCGAUGUCAUUAUCACCUGCGAGGAGCGCUGCUGGGAUGCCGUCGUCGACGAUCUCAUGAACAAGGGCUCGGCGCUGAAUCGCCCCGUGCAUGUCUUCAACGUCGAUAUCAAGGAUAACCAUGAGGAGGCCCUCGUCGACUGA